CUCUGUCCCAAUAUUACGGCCGCAUCCUUUCCCUUCUCUACGGCCAUACAGACACCAAUCGGCCAUUGGAGCCGGUUGCUAACCUUCCUCCUCACUCUUCUUUAUCCUUUCACAGUAGCCGCUUCCCUCCUUCGCCGCCCCAUUACGGGAGGUCUCUCUCUGCCCUAGUGUGAAAGAUGGGAGAAUGUGGAACUCUUGAUUGGAAAUGGUCCUAUGCUUGUGAUUUUCUCAUUUUAUCACCACAUCUAUGGAAUAAUGGCUGUUGAAGUUGAUGUGGUAAACCAAGAACUGACCCAGCCUCAUCACGAUGUGAAGCUGUUCAACCGGUGGACCUUUGAUGAUGUCCAGGUAAAUGACAUCUCUCUUGUUGAUUACAUUGGGGUUGCACCUGCCAAGCAUGCCACCUAUGUCCCCCACACUGCUGGGAGAUACUCUGUCAAGCGGUUUCGAAAAGCUCAGUGCCCAAUUGUCGAGAGGCUCACAAAUUCACUUAUGAUGCACGGUAGGAACAAUGGGAAGAAACUUAUGGCUGUCAGGAUUAUUAAGCACGCAAUGGAGAUUAUUCAUCUUCUAACUGAUCUCAACCCAAUUCAAGUCAUUGUCGAUGCCGUUGUUAACAGUGGGCCACGUGAAGACGCUACUCGAAUCGGUUCAGCUGGUGUUGUUAGGCGUCAGGCCGUGGAUAUAUCCCCUUUGCGCCGCGUUAACCAAGCAAUCUAUCUCCUAACAACUGGUGCUCGUGAGGCUGCCUUCAGGAAUAUCAAGACAAUUGCAGAAUGCUUGGCUGAUGAACUUAUUAAUGCAGCGAAGGGUUCAUCAAACAGUUAUGCAAUCAAGAAAAAGGACGAGAUCGAGAGAGUUGCAAAGGCCAAUCGUUAAGGUUAUAUUUCAGGGUUUGUUUUAUGUGGCAUAGCUAGAGUUUCAUGUUCUUUUUCUUGUGUCUGGUAACAUUCUUGUAAUGAACAUAGUCUUAGGUUCCCUUUUGGUUUCCUUGUUGCGGCGAUUCAUAUCUACUUGUUUUAAGCUUUUUGAAAUUUUGAUAUCAUUAAUGUUUUCCAUCGGAACAAGCUAAUGCAUGAUGUUGUUUCUUAAAGUUUCAAAUAUGGUUCCUAGUA